GAUCCGGAACCCUUUCCCUCCAACCAAAAGCCGGCCGGCCGCGUCUGUCACGGCUUCACCAGGCAGGGGCUGGCCCGCCCUCUGCCUCUGCUUGGACCUGCGUUUCUUCUUCUGUGGUCCGGGCCGGAGAGAGGGGCAGGGAGGGGAUGCGGGAGGCACGGCCGAGCCUCACAUGUUUCCGCCGGGGAGGAACUUUAGCGUGCAUAGUGUGGGUCGCCAGAUGGGCUCAAGGCGAAGCUGGGUCUCCUGGCUUCCAGGCCAUGUGUCCCGACUCACACGCCCACUUUCGGAGCCGGCGGAUGGAGAGAUGGGAAGGCGGGGCAGGAGGCACCCCCCCCUCCCGGCCCCAGCGACUUCCUAUACUCCCAGUGCUGGGCCCCCACACCGCAGUGUGCCGGCACCCCCUGGAGCCCUCCCGUCCCCGUGACUCCCUCACAGAGCCCUCCAGCGUCCCCCAGGUGUCCGUCCGGGUCUGGCUCCCAUAUUUAGCUCAGCCUGCAGCCCCUGUGCGCCAUCUCGAGAACCUUCCUGGCUCCCAGCUCUUAGCCCCCAGCCCCAGUCCUGGCACUCUAAGCACCCUGGACAUCUGCACCGCUGAGCCCCCCGACCAGGAGCGAGGUCAGCCUUGGCGGAUGUAGGCCCCGGGACCAGGGGCAGUUACGAUGAGACGUGUGCAGGGGUGUGCCCGCCCAUGUGGCCAUGUCAGGGUGGCCCUGCGCCUGCACUGGGCUAAGACUCUGUGUGUGUGUUCACGAGGGGGGCCUCGGUUCCCAGGGCCCAGGGAUCUGGAUGGAAUUAGGGGCUGGCCCGGGUGGGGGCCAGGAUGGGGGUGGGGGGGCCUGCAGCAGGAAACGUGAGCUGCACUCAUUAGCUCCUCACGUGCUCAGCUGGAUUUAUAAACACAAGGAGGAGACGGAUGUAAACAAUCAGUGGGCAGCAGCCAGAGGCAGAGCUGGGGUGGGGGCUGGGCCCUGAGCCAGGGCUGGGGGAGGCCCCCUGCCCCGCCCCGCGGCAGGGUCCACCUGGCCAGGAUGGAUGGAUGGAUGGAGACUCUAGGAAGCCCACCACGAGUCCCUUCAGGGGAGGCAGGGUCCCAGUGCUCAGAUCGCAGGUGCCCCUGCUAGGCAGCCGGAGACACGGAGUGGAAGCCGUCAUCCCAGAGGGCAGGGCGCUGUCCACGGACCGCCCCUCUGCCGGCUCCCCUGGGAUUCCAGAACCUCCUCUCUCUCUGGCUCUCCCGGGCCAGUCGUCAAAUCCUCCUGCUCUCUCCUCUGCCCCCCCCCCCCCAGCCUGCUAUGACACAGUUACCUCAGAACUGAAAUAUUCCUGGAAACACCGGCCUCGUCUGGUUAAUUUCAUGAGCCGUUUUUCUGCCCAGAUGACUUCGCUCGUGUUUAUCCAAAGGCUUCUCCCUCUGCUGUCCUGCUGCAGGGAGCCGGUCCUCCCCAGGGACGCCCUACAGCGCCCAGCAUGGGAGGGGGCAGGCAACACUGGGGGCUGGGAUCCUGGCCACAGCCCCCACUGGAGGACAGACAGCCCAGCGACAGGGUGGGUGCAGAGGCGAGCCCAGCUCCCAACUCCUGCGUUAGCUGGGACCCUCCGCGGGGCCACUGACUUCGAGCAGGGCCAGACCAGAUCCUGCAAGCGACCUCCAGGCCAGAAGGGCUCCUGCCGGUCUCCAAAGCCAGCCCAUGGGUACCCAGAGGGGCCUAGAGGGGACUCGUGGGGGAUGUUAGCUUGCCUGUGCACCGUGCUCUGGCACCUCCCUGCAGUGCCAGCUCUCAAUCGCACAGGGGACCCGGGGCCUGGCCCCUCCAUCCAGAAAACCUAUGACCUCACCCGCUACCUGGAGCACCAACUCCGCAGCUUGGCUGGGACCUACCUGAACUACCUGGGCCCCCCCUUCAACGAGCCUGACUUCAACCCACCGCGGCUGGGGGCAGAGACCCUGCCCAGGGCCACGGUCAACCUGGAAGUGUGGCGAAGCCUCAAUGACAAACUGCGGCUGACCCAGAACUACGAGGCCUACAGCCACCUCCUGUGUUACCUGCGGGGCCUCAACCGCCAGGCUGCCACGGCCGAGCUGCGGCGCAGCCUCGCCCACUUCUGCACCAGCCUCCAGGGUUUGCUGGGCAGCAUUGCAGGUGUCAUGGCGGCCCUGGGCUACCCACUGCCCCAGCCCCUGCCCGGGACUGAGCCCGCCUGGGCCCCUGGCCCUGCCCACAGCGACUUCCUCCAGAAGAUGGACGACUUCUGGCUGCUGAAGGAGCUGCAGACCUGGCUGUGGCGUUCAGCCAAGGACUUUAACCGGCUCAAGAAGAAGGUGCAGCCCCCGGCGGCUGCAGUCACCCUGCACCUGGAGGCCCACGGCUUCUGAUCUCUGACCUUAACCACCUCCCCUCCCCCUUCCAAGCCCGCUCCCCUCUGGAGGGAGAGGUCUGUGAGCCCACAGACCGACACGUGAGCCUCUGGCCCUCCUCUGGACUAGGGUGGGGGUGUCAUGCAAUAAGCCCUGUCCCCUCCCCAUUUCCCAGAGUCCUACGGGUCUGGGGAAGAGGUGCAAUAGGCCUGUUUCCACAGGAAGUGAUGCUCCAGGGAGUCCAGAGGGGUCAGGUUGGUGCCACAGUUCUCGCGGUCUCCCGCCUCCUGCCCAGCACUUGCCAGUAGCGAGCAGGCCCCUCACGCAGCUCUUCUAGAUGCUGUCUGAUGGCAGGGCGGGGGCCGCCCCAGCGUGUGCCUUCCUGGGGUGGAGCCCCCCAAUAGUGACCCCUCCCGAUUAGGAGACAAGCAUGGCCACGAGUCGAACAAGAAGAGAUGGGAUUCAAAGUGGAAGGGGCAGGGGCUGCUCUGGAGGUGGCCUGGCGGCCAGAAGAGGUGGGGCUGAUGGCCAGAGGACGGAUCAGACCCUGCAGUCCCCAGCAUCACGGUGCCUCCCCCGCGCCCUCUCCCAGGCUAUCUGUGGCUUGCCCGGGCUGGGGAGGGCGGCCACGGCCAUGGCCACAGGCUUUCCUGAAAGUUUACAUUGCGGUAGCAUUUCGGGGUGUGGGGUGGAAGCUCCCCCAGGCCCUUCCCCCAGCCCCACCCACUCAUGACUCUUAAGUUUGUUGUAUUAAUAUUUAUUUAUUUGGAGAUGUUAUUUAUUAGAUGAUAUUUAUUGCAGAAUUUCUAUUCUUGUAUUAACAAAUAAAAUGCUUGCCUCAGA